AUGACGGCUCUAUCCUCCAAAUCACCCGUCAUGUUCUCCUUCUCGGCAUCGCCAGGUACUGGCUCUAUAACUGAUAGCACAACAGUAACGACCGUAACGACGGCAGCGGCAGCUGCGGCCGUACGAGGGGCACUACAUCUUGUCAACAUCCCCCGGUUCAUGGAUCUAUCCUCCCCCGCCGCUCCGCCCUCUCUAUCGUGCCUGGGUCCCGAAUUGAUACAGCUCAUCUUCAAGCAGCGAUUCGGAGUAGCCUCGAUCCCAUACGAAUUAGGACAGUUCUCGAGCGUAUUCCGAGACUCCCAUGUCGAUAUCGACAAGAUGUGGCCAUCCACGCUCCUAGAUCCUAAGAGGAGGGGCGCUCAAAAGGCUCGUCUCUAUGUGAGCGAGCUACCCUUGUGCGAUUACGAAGCUCCCAUUGAGGACGCAUACCAGCGGGCCAUCCCAAGCAGCAUGCUUGUGUCACUCAAGCUGGUUCAUCCGAGCACGCCCCUGGUCACCAACUUGAAACCCCUCAAGAAUCUACUCUUGAAGAGCUCCCGGUUGGAAACUCUUCAGUAUGAGGAUCGAGGACAGGGCACCCAAUUCGUCUUCCAGAGUCCCAAUGAGCGCAUGCCAGCGCUCAUUGAUCUAUCUCUCACAUCAUACGACUGGCAGCAUAGUGCAGAAGAUGUGAAACAACAUUGGGAUUUUUCCAGGUUAAGAACUUUGGGAUUGAUCUCCGUUCCAAUCUUCAAUUUUCUCAGCACCGUCUCAUUCCAAGAUCUAAGGGACGUCCGAGAGCUACGAGUUGAUGAUUGGAGCAGUCAUAUGCCGGAUCGUCGUUUGGAGGCGACACAAAUGCUCUCCCAGUUGAUUGGAAACCAUAUCUACGCCUUGGAUACCCUCGAGAUAACCUGCCACAUAAAACAUUUUGACCUCCAAUCUCUCCAGGGUCACUCAAAGUCACUACAGAGACUAAAGCUAAGGGAUCACGUCGGCUUUCGCGAUGAAGAUCGUACUUGUCCAAGUCUGCAAACUUCCGACGUCUGCGCCCUUGCGAAAACACUCCCUUUCCUCCGUUCCCUUGAAAUCGACCUAGAUAUUGUCAAUUGCCCAUCCGAGCCUUUUCUGGAGGCCGUCUCCCAAUUCAGCCGAUUACAAACCUUGACUCUCCAUGUCCAGACAGUGGUAUGUCCCAUGGACUAUAGCCCGGAAGGUGUGGAUCUCGAUGCGAAGGAGGCAAUGCGCAUGGUUUUAAAUUUGAUCAGGUCACGAGCAGAAAGGGAUCCGACUCGGCCAUGGAAACAGAUCAUCAUCAACGUAGGAGGUUGGCAGCCGGUCAUGGUUCGACGCCUCGGCCCUACGUGGAGAAUGCUUAACGAGCAGGGCAUCACGGCCGAGAGACACUUCGUUGCGUCGAGAAACGGGAAUCGGUACGAGGUGGUGGACGCAAGCACACCAGAGUGCCAUGUCUGCCUCGGGAAGUUGGCAUAA